AACCGAUGAGCUAGGCAUAUGGAAGUAGUUAUGUGCCUGAGUAGAGUUUCGGUCCAAAAUUUAGAAGCUUGUUAGGGAUGUCCGAUGUCAAUUGGGCUGCCUACAACGCUUUUCGCUGCGAUCUGGCAAAAGUGCAUAAGACUUUCAGUUGUUGCACUCAAACGGAGUUCACCGAGGAGGUUGGCACAAUAACCGAGCUUUCGCUGGGCUGCAAAUUCUUGGGCGGACCUGUGCCCCGGAAGAUCUUGGCACCCGCCCGUCAUAACAAUGGAAAAGGUGAAUAAUCAAGAAAUU